AUGCUGCUCACGGGGCACGAGGGCGAGGUCUUCUGCGGGGAGUUCUCGCCCGACGGGCGGACCAUCGCGACGGGGUCCUUCGACAAGAGCAUCUACCUGUGGAACGUCUACGGGGAGUGCGAGAAUUAUGGCGUCAUGAAGGGCCACGGCAACGCGGUCCUGGAGGUGCACUGGAAGCAUGACGGCACCCAGCUGUACACGUGCUCCGCGGACAAGAGCGUGUGCGUGUGGGACCCCGACUGCGGGAAGAGGCUGAAGAAGCUCAACGGGCACACCGCCAUCGUGAACAGCAUGCAGACGUCGCGCCGCGGCGUGCCCUACCUCGUGAGCGGCGGAGACGACGGAACAACCAAGCUGUGGGACCUGCGCGUGCGGCGCUGCAUUCACACCUUUGAGCAUCAGUACCAGAUCCUCACCGUCAGCUUCGACGAUCCUUCUGAGCGCAUAUUCUCCGGGUCCCUGGACAACACCGUGCUCAUCUACGACAUGCGCAUGCGCGACAACGACCCGGAGGUGCUCGAAGGCCACACCGACAGCAUCACCGGCCUGGAUGUGUCCAAGGACGGGAACUUCUUGGCCACCAACGGCAUGGACGACACCGUUCGUAUUUGGGACGUUCGGCCUUUUGCUGGGGCCAGGAACAGGUGUUUGAGCGUCCUGCGCGGCGCGAAGCACAACUUCGAGAAGAACCUGCUGCGAGUGCGGUGGUCGGAGAAGGAUGCGAUGCUCGCCGCGGGCUCCGCAGACCAAAACGUGCUCAUCUGGGACCCUGGACAUGCGGCAGUUGCAGCUCGCGUACAGGCUACCGGGCCACACGGGCAGCGUCAACGAGAUUUGCUUCCACCCGAAGGAGGCCAAUCAUCGGGUCCAUGGCCUCCGACAGGACUCGGGAUGGUGUUUCUGGGCGAGCUCGGGGACUGA